AUGGUAUUGCCUUUUUAUUACAAAUAUGCUAAUGAAUGUGGAUUUAAUGUCCGUUCUAGUACUACUAAAUCACAAAAGAAUAAGGAUGAUCCUACAGGGGUUGUUAUGUCUUCUACGAUCAUGAAAGAACUUUGUAGUGGGUUUGAAAAUGUCAGGGGCAGUAACAAUGAUUUCAAAAAAAUUUCUAGGGACUUGAAAGUUUAUAUCUCUAAUGCUGAUGGUGCGAUGCAUUUGACCCGUGUCUUUUGGGCUGAUACUAUUGGUAGAAGAGAUUAUCAAUUAUUUGGGGACUCUUUAUCCUUUGAUUCUACCUAUGAUACAAAUAAAUAUUCAUUGGCUUUUUGUCCUUUUACUGGUGUUGAUAAUCACAAGAGAUGUGUUACAAAUUGUGCUGCUCUAUUAUCUAAAGUAGACAUAGAUUCUUUUUUGUGGCUAUUUCAAACUUUUUUGAAGUGCAUGGGAAGAGAACCCUCUUGUAUUAUCACUAAUCAAUAUCCUACAAUGGGUAUUGCCUUAGAAAAGGUUUUUACCAAGACUAAACAUAGGCUAUGUAUGUGGCACAUAAUGAGGAAGGUACCUGAAAAGGUUGGAACUGCUUUUUGUAAUGAAACUGAUUUCCUGAAAAAGCUAAGUGUAGUAGUUUGGGAUAGAGAAAUUGAUCCUCAUGUAUUUGUUGAUGGCUGGAAUAGUGUUAUGGAGGAGUUUGACCUUGUCGAUCAUGAGUGGUUUGCAUACAUGUUCAAGAUUAAACAUAUUUGGAUUCCUGCAUAUUUUAGGGACUUAUUUAUGGGUGGUAUACUGCGUUCUACUUCUAGGUCUGAAGGUGAAAAUAAUUUCUUUUGUAAUUUUACUAACCCUCAUGUGACUUGUGUUGAAUUCUUUGUCCGUUGUGAAACUGCUCUUGAUGCUCAAAGGCAUGAACAGGAUGAGUUGUUCAGGCUUAAUAAACUUGGGCUUCAAUUGGUUACUCAUUUACACUUGGAAAAGCACGCUGCUGUUGUUUAUACUCGUGCCAUAUUUUAUGAUUUUCAAGAAGAAUGCGAGGGAGCCUAUUUUUCAUGUGGUGUUGAAAGUUGUAGUUCUCUGUAUGGAGAUGGUGUGGAGUAUUCUAUUAUUGUUGAUCGUGAGAAAAGGAAAAUUUUUUAUAAUCGUUGGAGAAAAAAUGUUCUGAAGAAAGCUUCUGUCAUAAAUGUUGCUCUGGAUGAUGCUUCUAAGUAUGAUAAGAAGAAGCAAUUGAAGAUGAUAUCAAAGAAUAAUCCUGAAAAUGCACCUAGUUCAAAAGAGGUGAAAGAUGCUGAUAUUCAGAUUUUGGUUGGGUCAAAUGAAGUAGAUGUUAAUAUCUUGCCUCCAAAUCAGUGUCUUAAUAAAGGUUCUGCCAGAAGUUCAAAGCGGUUGAAGAGUGUAAAAGAAAUAGCGCUACUGAACAAAAAUCCAAAAAGGGCAUAA